UGAUGAACCCUAAUUACAGGGAAAUUCUAAAAUAGAUUAUGGACUUCAAAUAAGAAGGAAUAAGAGUACUCAUAUCAGGUUUGCUCGUUAAGUUAGUAAUCUAUCCAACAAUAAUAGAUUAUUGGACUCUUCUUUGCAUGGCCAAUUUUGUAAUCAUAUCAUGAAAUCUUAAUUGGGUAUAAAGACCUUAAUCAUUAAUACUUCCUCUAUAUCAGCUAUGCUCUUAUGAUUUUUAUCAUGAAUUUGUUCAUACCUCAUACUGACUUCUUCCUUAAGAAAUUAGGACCAUAAGCUUUAAUUUGCAUAUUUGUUUGUUUAAUUGGAAUGUCUUUUAUGUUGAUGGCUAUUUUUGAUUAAGUAUAAAUAACAAAAUAGAAUAAAUUAGUAUUGGAUAAUCCAUCUCUUACUUCAAUUGUUUGUGAUAGCUCCAUCUAUUGGAAUUUUGUACUCAACACCAUUUCUAACAACUUGGAGAUAUUUUGUUAAAUAGAAAUGUAUUUAUUUAAUUAUUAAUUUAGAACAUUUGAAUUCAAUUUUCUAAAUAUUCAUUGGAUUAGGUGCAUUUUUUGCAUUAUUAAUCUUUGAAUCAAAUUAAGCAAAUUAACUAGAAUUGUAUUUUGAUAAUGAUUAAUAUUUCUGUGGAGAAUGCUUCAAUCUUCAAACAAGAAGAUCUCUAAGAGGACUUACAAUAUGGGCAUUUAUUUUAGGAAUCAUUGCAGCUCUUCUAGUUAAAUAACCUGAUGGAGAUAUUGCUGAUAGUGUAGUAGAUUAUGAUCUCCUAGCAUUUGCUCAUUUAGAUCUUAAAUAAUAAUAACACAGCCAACAUUCUGCAAAUGAGAAUGAUUAAUCAUUCGAUUAACCAAUUACAUUUACCUAAUCUCUAUCCACUAAACCAUUUUAAAUCAUGUCAAUUUUAGUAGUAUCAUCAUCUCUUUUGCCAUACUUGAUAUUCUGUUAAUAUCAGAGAAUCUAAUCAGCCUUAGGUGUUUCCUAUACAAAAUCAUGUACAUCAUUUUAAAUAUCAAUUUUGUUUUAUGGAUUUAUGAGAUUGGCCUAUAACUAUUUUAUUUCAGAUUUGCCAUAUAAACUUGUAAUUAAAAGGUUAGGCUAGACAAAUGUAUUAUUCACUAAAUAUUACUUAUUUAGAUGCUCCUAAUUCUCGUAUUUGUUGCUUCACUAUGGUUUAACAAUACUAUUUUAAUUAACGUUAUGUGUUCCAUUUAUACAGUUUCUUUAGCCAUUUUGUUCUCUGUGAUUAGUAGUUCCAUUCCUAAAAUAUUUGGAUCUAUGGCAAGUCAAGGAGUAUUCUCCUUUAUGUUGGCUAUUAUGGGUUUGAGUGCUAUUAUUUCAAAUAGUAUUUCUUACUUUUUUCCAGAAGGGGUACAUUAUUAAAUAUGUUUAGAGCACAAAAAUGAUGUUAUUUUACUUUUCCAUUAAAGUAUUUCUUGGUUAAAUGUUUGUGUAUCGAGUUUCUAAAUGAUUCUAUUAAAAUAUAUAAAAUAAUUUCAGAAUUAAAUACUAACUGAUUACAAUAUAUAUUAUUCAAAAUUAAUGUAUUACACUCCAUCUAGACCUGCUGACAAUGACAAAUACCCUUCACGUCAUGAUAAGCCUCCAGGUUAAAAUCCUCAAUAUCUUCAAAAAUUACCUGAAGAUCCUCGUAGAGUUGAUGAUUAUUAAGGUCGUCCUCAAGAACGUCCACCUCCUCAACGAAAACCUUUAUAUUAGGAACAAGGACCAGAAAGAGGCCCACUACCUCCAAGACACUUGGAUCGUCCGUUAGAUCGACCACAACCUCCAUAUGGCAAUAUGCCAAGAGGAUUUGAACGACCUCCUCCUGGUAUCAAUCCUCAAUUUCCCCCUCCACCUCCUGAAAGAUUCAACCAUCCUCCAUAUGAUCAAGGCUACCCUGAUGAUCGCUAUUAUAGACCAAUAUCUGCUCCAUAUGGUAGUCCUUAUGGUCCUAGAUAAUAACCAUAUGGGGAACCAUCUCCUUAAGAUUUGAGAGGACCUGCAAAAGCAUAUGACCCAAGAAGGGUUGGACCACCUCAAGAUUUUAGAGGUCCUCCAGAAUAUCGAGGAUAACCUCCCCCUGAUUUUCGUGAUGGUCCUCCUGAAUUUAGAGGAAUGCAUCCUCCAGAAUAUAGGAGAAUGCCACCUCCCAGUUAUUAAGGUGCUGAGUACAAAAGAAGAAUGCAAGAACCAAUGGGUUAUCGUGAUGAUUAUAACAGAGAUAUACCUUCUAGAGGCGGACCUCCACCUGGACCACCUAUAGAUUUCAGAGGAGGACCUCCUCCUGAUCACAGAGGACCACCAUUAGAAUACAGAGGUGGGCCUCCACCUGAUCAUAGAGGUGGACCACAUUAAGAAUAUAGAGGUUUACCUCCUCCAGAUUUCAGAGGCGGGCCACAUCCUGAUUUCAGAAAACCUCCUCCUCCUCCUGAUUAUAGAGGAAUUCCCCCUCCUGAAUAUAGAGGAAUGCCUCCUGCUAAUUAUAGAGGACCUCCUCCUCCUGAAUAUGGAAGAGGUAUGGAUCCAAGAGGAAUGCCACCGUAAGAGUUCAGAGGAUAACCACCUCCAGGUGAGUAUAGAAGACAAGGUGGAUAUCCUUAAAGAGGAGGGCCUUCAAAUGAAUUUUAUAGAGGAGAAUAUCCUCCUUAGUAUCCAAGAGGAGGUGAUUAAUUAUAAAGAGGAGGGCCUGGCGGAAGGGAUUUUGAACCAAGACGACCUUUAUCACCUUAGGCAUAAAGAAGAGAUCAUGGAUACAAUUAGUUUAGUUCACCAUAAUAAAGAAUUAAGCAAGCUUGA